ACGCUCGCUUGCGUAUAUACAGCACUCCCUGCGUUUUGUACCCCAUUCUUACCUCUUUCUUUUAAACGAGUGUGCUGUAUAGAAGAUGUCGACAGGCCUUGGUCACGAAAUAGUGUCCGUCAUCAACAAACUCCAAGAUGUCUUUACUGCAGUUGGAUCCUCAGCUUCACAGAUAGACCUUCCACAGAUUUGUGUAGUGGGAAGCCAGAGUAGUGGAAAGAGUAGUGUGCUCGAGAACAUUGUCGGACGAGACUUCCUGCCUCGUGGUACUGGUAUUGUGACACGACGACCGUUAGUACUGCAGCUCAUCAACAGGCCUGCAACCGCCCCUCAGCCUAAUGGAUCUUCAACUCGUACGUUUCCUAUUCAUCAAAGGUUGACGUUCUCUCUUCUAACUCUUUACACAGCUGCUCAAACCGACUCAUCAUCGGACAAAGCAGCGAAUGAAAACGAGUGGGGAGAAUUCUUGCAUCUUCCCGGGGAAAAGUUCUACGAUUUCAAUAAGAUUCGUGCAGAGAUUGUCCGUGAUACUGAAGCUAAGACCGGACGGAAUGCUGGCAUCUCACCACAACCCAUUAAUCUUCGUGUCUUUUCCCCCAAUGUCCUAACUCUCACUUUGGUUGAUCUUCCGGGACUGACAAAAGUACCUGUCGGAGAUCAGCCAAAGGAUAUCGAGAAACAAAUCAAAGACAUGCUUCUCAAAUUUAUAUCGCGGCCCGCAUGUAUCAUUCUCGCUGUAACACCUGCUAACAUGGAUUUGGCGAAUUCUGAUGGUCUCAAGCUGGCAAGAGAAGUGGACCCAGAAGGAACGAGGACGAUUGGUGUUCUGACCAAAGUAGACUUAAUGGACCGAGGGACAGACGUAGUGGAUAUUCUCGCUGGUCGCAUCAUCCCUCUACGUCUAGGCUACGUCCCCGUAGUUAAUCGUGGUCAACGCGAUAUCGACUCUUCUAAAUCAAUCAGUUUAGCACUGGAUGCUGAGCGCAGCUUUUUCGAGAAUCAUCCCUCGUAUAAGGGUAAGGCUCAAUACUGCGGUACACCUUUCCUUGCUCGUAAAUUGAAUAUGAUCCUUAUGCAGCACAUUCGCGCAACGUUGCCAGACAUCAAGGCGCGCAUUACACAACAAUUGCAGAAAUAUAGUGCAGAAUUGCAGUCCCUCGGUGGAGCAAUGGGCGAUGCCAGUGGCGGCAAUGUCGUGCUGUCUGUCAUCACGGAGUUCACGAACGAGUUCCGGACCGUCAUUGAUGGUAAUACAAAUGACCUGUCGUUGAACGAGUUGUCAGGUGGUGCACGGAUCAGCUUUGUGUUCCACGAGCUGUUCAACAAUGGUGUCAAGUCGAUCGAUCCUUUUGACCAAGUAAAGGAAGGUGAUAUCCGAACCAUAUUGUACAAUUCUUCAGGGUCAACUCCUUCGGUAUUUGUUGGUACACAAGCUUUCGAAGUUAUCGUGAAACAACAAAUCAAACGGCUGGAAGAACCUAGUUUGAAGUGUUGUCAACUAGUUUAUGAUGAAUUGAUCAGAAUUCUGGGUCAAAUUUUGACGAAAAUCCAAGCAUUCCGACGAUAUCCAGCUUUGAGGGAACGCUUCAACUCCGUUGUUGUCAACUUCUUCAAGCAGUCAAUGAACCCAACGACUAAACUUGUCACGGACAUGGUUGCCAUGCAAGCAUGUUAUGUUAACACUACGCAUCCUGACUUCUUGAAUGGUCACAAGGCAAUGGCCAUCGUGCAAGAUCGCAUCAAUGCCAGCAAGCCACCACCACCUACUAUUGACCCUAAAUCUGGAAAGCUUGCUCCUGGGCAAAUCAACGGCGGCAGAGACCUUGAUGUAGAAUCGAAAAAGGAAGAGCCAAGCUUCUUUGGAUCUUUCUUCACUGCGAAGAAGACGACGCCAUCGCAAAAGAAAGGUGUGGCUACUAUGGAGUCUCCACCUGCUAUAAUUCGCCCACAGUCUGCGCUCAGUGAACGCGAGACCAUGGAAACAGAAGUCAUCAAGCUUCUUAUUCACUCGUACUUUAACAUUGUUAAGCGAGAAAUGAUCGACAUGGUUCCCAAAGCCAUUACGCUAACUCUAGUCAAUCACUCCAAGGAAGAUCUCCAGCGCGAGCUCCUGCAAGAGUUGUACAAGCCCGAAGUCCUUGACGAGCUAUUGAAGGAGAGUGAGUACGUUGUCAACAGAAGGAAAGAGGUCAUUGGCAUGGUCAGUGCGCUCAAUAAGGCAGAGGAGAUCGUCGCUGGUGUCUAGGGUAAUCUGCUUAGUAGUCGGUUUUGGACACUACGCUUUGAUUAUAUUCUUGACGUGCAUCGAAUACUACUAUAAUACCCUUUACAUACUUUUUGUUAUGUUGUCUGCCUAGAUAAUGGGCUGGUCGGUUUUCUUGCGCUUUCCUCUAGGCUCUAUGAUACUGUUGUUAGGUUAUAUCUGCGGCCUACCACUCAUGUCUAUCGAUCAAUGGAUCAAAUACAAUCUCGUUCACAUUAUAA